GUUUGAUAACUGAAAUUAAGAAAAGAAGUGGUUCUUGUUCCAGUGUAUGAGAAUUGAAAAUAAAGAAACAUGUUUGUAAAAUCGUUUCUCGUGAUUCUUAUUAUAGAACUUUUUGUUCUUGUACAUGGAUUUUUACUCCCCAGAAGUAAAAUCCGACAUAUGUUUACACGUUCAUUAAAGCAACAUCUUGGAAAUGGAUCUAACAUUACUGCUUAUGAUUUAGAAGGAUUUUAUUCAAGAAAACAUUUGAUAUGGAAACAAGAACCAUACAAAACAUUUACAGAUUGUCUAGAAGAUUUUCCAGAGGGAAGUGUUAAAGGUCAAGACUUCUGUUUAUUGGAAGCGGUAAGGAACACAGCACACCACGUAUCAACACUAAUUUAGUAGUGCAGAUGAGAAAAAUAUCAAACAAUAUUAGAAUAUAAGUGUGUAUUUCUGAAGACUUUUUUUGAAAAAAAUUACUUCUUUGCUUCGAAACGUGCAUCAGUCGUACCUAUGGCAGGGCAAGUUAUGUUUGGCGGGUGGAGAGAGCAUAACAUUUAAUAAUCUGAAUUUAAGACGUCUGACACGAAAGCUCGCUUAAUUUUAGGGUUUGCAGGUAAGGUAUUCUAGCAAGUUACACAAAAGUAAAUAAUAUAACUUAAUUUGGUAAUUUCCAUCGGUGAACAUGCAAUUUUAUAAGAUAGGUCAUUAUUCCAACGAGUCAUACUGACUCCUAUCAACCUAUGACCGUUCUCCCAAACUGGCCGUGUCCGACUUCGCAAGUUCUCAAACUUUCUAAAGAACGAGAAAUCAAUCAGUUCUUACAGACAGCGAGUGCAUACGUUAUAUAGCUUUUGCUUGCAAUUAAAUGUACAAUGUAUUUUGAUAUAUUAUACCAAUUAUGUUGACCUUAAGGUAUUUCUGUACGUUUGAUAAAUCGGAAGUCAUGGAGUAACGUCAUUUAACCAGAUAACUUAGAAUAAAUACGGAACGAUAUGAAUUAAUGACAAUAUAUUCUGUAAAAAUAGCCCGUGAGUAAAUUUAUUAUAACAGCAACGUUAGUAUCUCUCUAAAGAUGAAAUAUGAUAUAAAAUAGUUUGACCAUUAAAGAAUUCUAAAUACUGUCUAAUAUGCCGAUCACUUUAAUCAUGGAAAAAAUAUCUCACGGAUCUAUAUAUUUUGUUUCACCUUAUUAUAGACCACAUUUAUAUUUCAACUGUAAGAAGUUUCAGAAUAAUAUACAUUAUAGAAAAAACUCAAUUUUUUUUCAGUAAGUCUAACAUAAAAUAAAAGCACACGACCCUAUCCUUUUGAUUUGCCGAAAUUUCUAAGUAUAUUUUGAAAAAAGAGGGUUUAUUCUGACUUUACAUUGUAAAUAAAUGGAUCCGAAUGUGUAUAGCUAAAUUAACACGCUUUAGAGUACAAGUGCACGUUUUAAAACUUGCAACAUAUUUUUUCAGUGUUUAUCUCCAGAAGAUGUUUUUCAAUUAUCUCGUCUGUCGCACAAUGCGUCAAGUGACGAAGAGACAUCGACCAUGGCAAUGAUCUUGCUGCAUCUUUUACAAAGCAAGUCAUGUUUACAGAAGUUGCAGACAAACCACAAGAUCGAAGAACAUAAGCUCAGAUCAUCGUCGAGUGAAAUCUGGGGUUAUGGUGUACUGAGUACAUCAAUAAUUGCACUGACAGCUUUUGGAGGGAUACUUGCUCUCCCGUUCGUUCAUGGUUUAGCCUACAAAAGAACAUUAUUAUAUCUGGCUGGACUGGCUAUUGGGACACUCGCAGGAAGCAGUUUAUUCUUUCUGAUACCGGAGGCGUUGGAACUUACAGAACAUGAAAUGCACAGGCCAGGAUUUGUUUGGAACUGUCUAUUUAUGGUCAUUGCGAUCUACACGUCUUUUAUUAUAGAAAGGGUUCUAAAAAUGAUCAAAGACUGGAGAGAGAGAUGCAAAAAAGCAAAAAUAAAACACCAAACGGAAAACGGUGUUUGUAUUAUAUCAUUGCCAUUGGAAGUAAAAGAUAAGGCUAAAAAUCCAAAACCAGAGGAUAAGCCGGUUGGAAAAGACACAAGUAAAAAUGAAAUGACUGAACAAGAUAGAAAACACAUUAAUGCUGUGGCGUGGAUGGUUAUUACCGGUGACGCCUUGCACAAUUUUAUAGACGGUGUUUCUGUAGGUGCAGCAUUUACCGAAAGUGUUUUAGCAGGUGUAUCUGUCUCCGUCGCAAUAUUCUGUGAGGAAUUGCCACAUGAAUUAGGCAAGUUUAGUUCUGUGGGAUUUAGGCUGUAUAUUGACACAUUUUUUUUCAAAAUUUUCAAACUAACUAUAACUUGAGAGCUAAUAGUUAAACAAAGCGAAAAUGAUUUUACGUUUAUGAAAGUGUUGUGAAUUGUGCUUAACGUUAUUACUAAUUUUUUUUAUAAUAAUGUUUUACGAUGUUGUAAUGAUUUAGUUUGGUAGAGGCCAUUUUGAUACUUUAUUUCAUGAUAAUGAAAUAUUCAAAAUACUAAAGGUAGCAAAUCUUUGAAUUAAUCCUUCAAGCAAAAAAUGUGACUUUUAAAAAUAUAAACUACAGUAACUGUUAAAAUUCUCAUAAGAAAAUCAUUGUUUUAACAUUAUUCAUUAGCAUUACAUUCAUUCUUAUGUAAAUUGGCAGCAUAUUGUUGCUGGGCUAAAGUCAAAACUUGAAGAAAACAAAAGAUAAUUUAUUUCCGAUGUCAGGUAAUAAAACACAUAUUUUAGACCACUUGAAAUUGUUUCGGCCAUUGACCUGCAAACUCUGAGCGGCAAGGCAGUCAAUAAGUGUUACUUAAUGCUCAAGUUACUUGUAACUUUUCAGUAAAUUUUUCAUAGGCAAUUACCGUAUACAUAAACAAAUCCAAUUAAUACCAGAAACCAAUUUUGUAAGGAUCGCCUGAGCAUGAAGCUGACUUGUUUGAUGACUAUUACUUGUCAUGUCUUUCCAUAUGAUCUGAGGAAAUAACAGUAUUGAUUGAUAUCUCUUGAUUACGCAUAAUAUAUUGUUUGCUUUGUUUAGGAGAUUUUGCGAUCUUAUUGUGUGAAGGCUUGACGAAGAAACAGGCAAUCAUUUGCAAUGUUUUAUCUGCAUGCACCAUAUACAUUGGACUUUCAGUAGGUAUUUUUCUCGGACAAAAUGAUACAGCUCACAAUUGGAUGUUCGCAAUUGCUGCCGGACUGUUUCUGUAUGUUGCUCUGGUCGAUAUGAUGCCAGAGAUGUGUGCUGUUGGACAACUUGAGGAGAGCAGAAAAUUGAUCGGAACAGGGAAUAUAUUUUUACUGCAGAACCUAGGCAUGGUUUCCGGAUUUGGCAUCAUGUUUAUUUUGGCAUUAUAUGGCGGUCAUAUAGCAGAAGCGAUUAAAGCGGGAUCUUGAUAAACGCUGCAUGUACCAGAACUCGUGUAAAUAGUGAGAAUUGAUCCAUACAUCGGGUACUUUAUUGUCAAGUUAAAAGCUUUUAGACAAUGAACCAUUAGUACUUUUGGAGCAAGGGUAGCGCUAAACAUUGAUUAAACAUUGUUAGUUUUUAACUCUGUUUAAAAACAAAAAGGCAACAGUUAUGACAUUGCAUAUUGUUGAGACUUACCCUAAGCCUUCUUUACACAAGGGAAACAAUCUGUUUAUAUAGUGAAAUUGUUGAGUCACCGUUUGUUAAUCCUAAUCAUGUACAUGUUAUAUGUAUCCUAUCUAUGUUAAAUGCAAUGCAU